AUGACCUUCCUGCCCGCCGCCCGGCCGCCGCACCCCGCCGAGAGCCCCGGCUUCCUCCGGGGGGGCUCCCUGUGGGGCAGCCGCCGCUGGAACCUCUUCGGGGGCAGCAGCUGGAGCGGCUCCAGCCCCAGGAAGAACUUCAGCUCCCUGCGGAAAAGCUUCAGUUUCCGUCUGCGCCGGGGCCACGAGCUGCGGCGGUCCGAGUCCGGGGGGCUCCUGCGCCCCACGCGCCUCCGCACCAAGAGCGAGGGUGAUGCCAGCUCCCUGCACACCUGCCCCAGCAAGCGGGACCUGCUGUACCCGGAGCUGACCAGGGCCGGGGGCCGGCUGCACCCCGACCCCGUGCAGACGGGGGGACUGUGGAAACUCCUCACGAGCCGCUUCCGAAGGCGAGAGCGUGGCAGCGUGUGCCCCAAGGAUCCCCAUGGCGGUGUUGAGCCUGUCCUGGGUGGGGGUCCUCUGCGGGCUCUGGAUUCGUUUGUGAACAGCCAGGAAUGGACCCUGAGUCGUUCAGUGCCUGAGCUGAAGGUGGGCAUCGUGGGCAACCUGUCCAGUGGCAAGUCGGCCCUGGUGCACCGCUACCUGACCGGCACCUACGUGCAGGAGGAGUCUCCAGAGGGUGGCCGGUUUAAGAAGGAGAUCGUGGUGGACGGUCAGAGCUACUUGCUGCUGAUUCGGGAUGAAGGGGGCCCCCCUGAGCUCCAGUUUGCUGCCUGGGUCGAUGCCGUGGUGUUUGUCUUCAGCCUGGAGGAUGAGAUCAGCUUCCAGACCGUCUACAACUACUAUCUGCGGCUCUGCAGCUACCGGAACACGGCGGAGGUGCCCAUGGUGCUGGUGGGCACGCAGGAUGCAAUCAGCGCCACCAACCCCCGCGUCAUCGACGACUCGCGGGCGCGGAAGCUCUCCAAUGAUCUGAAGCGCUGCACUUACUACGAGACCUGCGCUACCUACGGCCUGAACGUGGAGAGGGUCUUCCAGGACGUGGCUCAGAAGGUGGUGGCUCUCCGGAAGAAGCACCAGCUCUCCAUCGGCCCCUGCAAGUCCCUGCCCAACUCACCCAGCCACUCGUCUGUUUCCGCAGCCUCCAUUCCUUCUGUCCACAUCAACCAGGCCACCAACGGUGGAGGAGCCUUCAGUGACUACUCCUCCUCUGUGCCCUCCACCCCAAGCAUCAGCCAGCGGGAGCUGCGGAUUGAGACCAUCGCUGCCUCCAACACCCCCACCCCCAUCCGCAAGCAGUCCAAGCGGCGCUCCAACAUCUUCACGUCUCGGAAGGGCGCGGACCCGGAGCGCGACAAGAAGGUGCCGGAGUGUAAAGCGGACAGUAUUGGCAGCGGGCGGGCCAUUCCCAUGAAGCAGGGCAUUCUCCUCAAACGCAGCGGCAAGUCCCUCAAUAAGGAGUGGAAGAAGAAGUACGUGACGCUGUGUGACAAUGGGGUCCUCACCUACCACCCCAGCCUGCACGACUACAUGCAGAACGUCCACGGGAAGGAGAUCGAUCUGCUGAGAACUACGGUGAAGGUCCCGGGCAAGCGGCUCCCCAGGGCCACCACGGCGGCAGCGCCCAGCGCCAGCCCCAAAGCCAACGGGCUGGCCAAGGAGAGGAGCAGCUCGCAGCUGGCAGGAGGAACAGGUGCUCCCCACUCGACCAGCAGCACCUCCCUGCACUCCGAGCGCUCCAUCAGUGGCAUCAACCUCGUGGGCUUCAGCUCCAAGCCAGACGGGAUGCACCAGCGCUCCUACUCUGUCUCCAGUGCGGACCAGUGGAACGAGGCUGUGGCUAUCCCCGGCAGCUGCCCCAACCCCUCUAACGGUACUGCCGACUCGCUCAGCUCCAGCCCAAACAUUUCCAGUGCCGCCAGCCCAAAGCUGGAGCCGCCUCCGUCACCACAUGCCAACAGGAAAAAGCAUCGCAGGAAAAAGAGCACGGGGACAACUCGGCUUGAUGGCCCCAGCACGGCAGCAGAAGAACCAGAUGAGCCAUUUGAGUUCAUUAUCGUGUCACUGACGGGCCAGACAUGGCUCUUUGAAGCCUCAACAUCAGAGGAGCGGGAGCUCUGGGUACAGGCCAUUGAGAGCCAGAUCCUGGCCAGCCUGCAGGGCUGUGAGAGCAGCAAAAACAAGGCUCGGCUGGGCAGCCAGGGCGACGCGCAGGCCAUGCAGGCCGUCCGCACCGCACGUGGGAACAGCUUCUGCGUGGACUGCGAUGCACCCAAUCCGGACUGGGCCAGUCUGAACCUGGGCGCUCUCAUGUGCAUCGAGUGUUCCGGGAUCCAUCGCAACCUGGGCACCCACCUGUCCCGUGUGCGCUCCCUGGACCUGGAUGACUGGCCUAGCGAGCUUCUUAUGGUCAUGACGGCCAUCGGCAACGCGCUUGCAAACGCUGUCUGGGAGGGAAUGGUGGAAGGGUACCCCAAGCCCACGCCUGAGAGCAGUCGGGAGGAGAAGGAGCGCUGGAUCCGCGCUAAGUAUGAGCAGAAGCUCUUUCUGGCCCCGCUGCCUCAGUCUGACAUCCCGCUGGGGCAGCAGCUGCUGCGGGCCGUGGUGGAGGAUGACCUGCGCCUCGUGGUGACGCUCCUGGCCCAUGGCACCAAGGAGGAAGUGAACGAGACCUACGGAGAUGGAGACGGGCGCACGGCGCUGCACCUCUCCUGCGCGAUGGCCAAUGUGGUCUUCACGCAGCUGCUCAUCUGGUACGGAGUGGAUGUGAAGAGCCGGGAUGCUCGGGGCCUGACCCCGCUGGCCUAUGCCCGGCGAGCCGGCAGCCAGGAGUGCAUCGACAUCUUGCUGCAGCACGGCUGCCCCAGCGACAGCGCCGUCACGCUGACCCCCAGCCUGCCCCGCCGCAACGCCAAUGCCAACAACAACGCCUGCGCCGCGGCGCCGGCUGAGCUCAGCGCCAGCCCCAGCACAGUCUAGCCCUGCACGGGCCCUCCGGUCGCCACACAGCUGCCCUCCGGCCCUGCCGGGGAGCAGGGCCACAGGAGUGGCUCUGAGAGCAGCGCAGAUGGGCCCCCACGGUGCUUGCCCCUACCAGAAUCCCUGUUCCAGCCA